CUUUGGCGCCAAAAAAGUAGUUAUAGAAGGCCAACAAACUAACUAACUAGAGAGACCCCAAAUCAUAAACCCUUUUAGAAAGUUGAAACACAGAAAAAGCUAAGCUUGGUUGAGAGUAGAAUCACAAUUUCCAAAACCCCCCAAAUCCAAAAAUGUGUAAGCGGCAGAGAUAUGUGCCUUACUUGGACCGAGUGCCGGAAGAACACGUCAUGGAUAUCGCCGACGACGACGGCGUCGACCCAGACAGCCUCCUCCCCUACGAGACACGUGGCAUCACCGGAAAGAAAUGGCGCUCGUCGGAGAAGUGGGUCCACGCUAUUCCUUGGGUUGUGCUCUUCUGCAUCUUCGUCCUCUGGUGGUUCUCUUUCACAGUAAAAGUCGUGAGAAUAGAUGGAAGAAUUGCUGCAAUACGUGAAACUGAUAUACCACUCCUUCUCAACAACACUCGAAUUGGUAUCGCAUUCCUGGCAGCUGAGGCAAUGUCACCAUUCGCCUUGGCUCAGAAUUUUACAGUCACCAAUGUAACUGAGGUUCAGCUGGUGAAUACGGCUCCUCAAAAUUUCGCAGUCAACAAUGCCACUGAAGCUCAGCUGGUGAGUAACCGAACUCAGAAUCUCUCGGUCAAAAAUGUCACUGAAGCUCAGCUGGUGAAUAAGCCAACUCAGAAUCUUGCAGCCAACAAUGUUACUGAAAUUCAACUGGUGAGUAAGCGAACUCAGAAUCUCACAGCCCACAUGGUCACUAAACGUCAACUGGUGAGUACGCGAACUCAGAAUCUUACAUCCCACAAUGUCACUGAAAUUCAACUGGUGCGGAAGCGAACUCGGAAUCUCACAGACAAUAAUGUCACUGAAGCUCAACUGGUGAGUAAGCGAACUCAGAAUCUCACAGCCAACAAUGUCACUGGAGUUGAGGCCAUGAGUUCAGCUUCUCAGAAUCUCAGAGAAUGUCACUGAACUUCACUGGUGAGUAAAAGUGACUGAAGAAAAAGUUUUGUUUCCAUUUCAGUAACAAAAUAGCUUUUAAGGAAUCUAUUUCUGUGAAUCUUGUAUUUGGGAUUGAGAUGACAGAGCCCAAAAGUCAACUAAGUAGGUGCAAACAAUCUAAGGCUGUCUGUGAUUCAUGAGAAACAAUCAAAUCCUCAUCUUUUGUUCCACCUUGGCCGCUACGAAUUGCAUGGCUUACUUGCUUAGCACGUAUUAGAGCAAUGACCUUUCAUUGUUCCCAUAUUCUUCGGGAAGGAAAUACGGUGGCUGAUAGAAUGACAAACAUGGGCUUACUUUCUCCAUCCUUGGUAUGGCAUGUUUCUCCCCCUCCUACUAUAUCUCCUUAUCUUCUUAUGGAUGAUUUGGGAUUCCCUUACCUUCGCCAUGUUUAACUCUCUUUCUUGCAUGGGUUGGUGUUGGGCUUGUUUUAAUAGUUGGAAGUUGGGUAAAUUUGAGAUUCUGCUUCAAUCUUUUCACUUCCUUUUGACUUUCUUUCUAGCUUUUGGGGUAAGGUUUAUGUCCCCCCUUCUUUAGGUUGUAUUUUCUUUUUUAUGUUAUUAAUGAAAUAAUAAUAGGGGGACGGGCGGUGGGUUCCCAGAGUGUGGCAAACCCCUCUCCUUCGGGAUUGAGGGUGGGACUUGUUCCCUACAUCGUUUGCCUCCGAGGAGCUAAUAUCGCCUAAUCCCUUAUUCAAAAAAAUAAUGAAAAAAAAAAAAAAAAAAAAAAAAAAAAA